CUUCGUCCCAGCCCCUCUCUCUACCUCUCUUUCUCCAUUACAUCUAGCAUCCGCUAGCCCUCUUUGUCCGGUUCAACCCCGAUCAAACCAACCCCCACCCCUCCCCUAUCCAAAAUGACCAUCUACACCAACGGCGAGUCGAACGGCAACGCCGCCCCCGCGCCCCACGUCCACGAGGCGUACCACUUUAACACGCGCGUCAUCCACGCCGGCUCCGAGGCCAACGAGGAGACCGGCGCCGUCAUCCCCCCCAUCUCCCUCGCCACGACCUACAAGCAGACUGCGGUCGGCGUGCACAAGGGCUUCGAGUACACGCGCUCCAACAACCCCAACCGCCUGGCAUUUGAGGCGCUCAUUGCCUCGCUCGAGCUCCCCGAGCCCGGAGAUGUGCACGCCACGACGUCGCAGCUGGCGCAGGACCUGCCGCCCGCUCUGGCAUUCUCGUCCGGCUCGGCGGUCACCCAGGCCAUCGUGUCCAGCCUCGUCAAGCAGAACGGGCACAUCAUCUCGGUCGGCGACGUCUACGGCGGCACCUACCGCUACUUCACCAAGGUGGCGGUCAACUCUGGCAUCGAGACGUCGUUCGUGCACAUCUCAAUGAACGAGGCGGCGUCCUCGAUCGAGGCGCACGCCGUCGAGGUCGAGAAGCAGCUCGAGGCCGCGUUCCGCCCCGAGACGCAGCUCGUCUGGAUCGAGACCCCCACCAACCCCACCCUCUCCGUCAUCGACGUCGAGACCGUCGCGCGCGUCGCCCACGCCCACGGCGCCAUCGUCGUCGUCGACAACACCUUCAUGUCCUCGUACUACCAGCAGCCGCUGCGCUUGGGCGCCGACAUUGUCGUCCACUCGGUCACAAAGUACCUGAACGGGCACAGCGACGUCAUCAUGGGUGUGCUCGUCGCGCCCAACCCCGAGAUCAUGGACAAGCUGCGCUUCUACCAGAACGCGGGCGGCGCCGUGCCGGGGCAGUUUGACUCGUGGCUCGCGCAGCGCGGCGCCAAGACGCUCCACCUCCGCAUGCAGACGCACGGCGCGAACGCGCUCGAAAUCGCCCGCUGGCUCGAGCGCCAAGACUGGGUCCGCGAAGUCCUCUACCCCGGCCUCGAGGGCGCCGCGCGCACCCCCAUCCGCCACCUCGCGUGGAAGCAGCUGUCGCCUGUCGCGCGCGAGAAAAUCGAGUCCCAAGGCAUGGACAAGGACUCGGGCUUCCCGUACGGCGGCAUGGUCUCGUUCCGGCUCGACGCGGCCAAGCUCUCCGCGGCGGAGAAGGCGACCGUGUCCUCCAACUUCCUCUCCGCGCUCAAGGUGUUCACGCUCGCCGAGUCGCUCGGCGGCGUCGAGUCCCUCGCGGAGCUGCCGUCGUUGAUGACGCACGCGAGCGUCAGCGCAGAGGACCGCGCCAUCCUCGGCAUCGACGACGAACUCAUCCGCCUCUCCGUCGGCAUCGAGGACGUGCGCGACCUCGAGCGCGACCUCGUCCAGGCUGCCAAGGCCGCUUCCCGCGCGUAGAUUGCAUAUUCAUGACAUUGGCAUCAUUGUAGAUUUAUAACAUGCAUUGGUUCGUAAUCAGCG